UUUAAUUGAAGUAAAAGGCGCCAAUAUCAAUUCCUGAUUUUGUGCCCUAACUUUCUAGUCACCUUCUUCUUCUUCUUCUUCUUCUUCUUCUUUUAUUGCUUUCUGGUAUUCCAAUGAAGCAAGCAAUAAUCAAAUGGGUUUCGUCUCUCGGCCUCUCGUAAUCGGUGGUGGGUUGUUGUCGUCGUUGACCAGUGCAGGUUGGUUCAGUUUAUUCCUCCCCAUCAGAGUUGAAGGCCAAAAAAUGGAGAUAGAGGCAUUGUGGGAGGAAGUGAGAGAGCUGAGCCUUGGGAACUCGGGAAAAGUAGAGCGCUUGGAAUCACCCCCGAGCCCCCUUCAAUUCCUAAGGGACUUUGUUUCCCAAAACAAGCCUUGCAUCAUUUCCAAUGCCAUCCACCACUGGCCUGCCCUCUCUAACUGGUCUUGUGAUUCCUACCUUGUUCAAGCUAUGUCCUCUUUUUCUUCUGACCAACUGAUCUCCGUCCACCUCACCCCUAAUGGCCGAGCAGAUGCCCUUGUUCCCCUCAAAGAAAAUGAUAAAUCCAAAGAUGCCUCAUCAUCAUCCACAUGCUCUGAUUCCCUCUGCUUUGCCUCAGCUCAUGUUCAGCGCAUGCCAAUCCAUGAAGCUCUCAGCCUCAUCAGCUCUGGCGGUAACAGCAAACAAAUACAUUCCAAAGUCGUGGCUUAUGCUCAGCAGCAGAAUGAUUGCUUUAGGUCUGAGUACUCGGCCCUGGCCCCAGACUGUGACCCCCACAUCCACUGGGCCACGGAAGCUCUUGGCUGCCUUCCUGAGGCUGUCAACCUCUGGAUUGGCAACCAUCUUUCAGAGACUUCUUUCCACAAGGACCACUAUGAGAAUCUCUAUGCUGUUGUCACUGGCCGCAAGCACUUCCUGCUUCUUCCUCCUACUGAUGUCCAUCGUAUGUACAUCCGUGAAUAUCCUGCAGCCCAAUAUUCCUAUUUUCAGGAAACUGAACAAUUCAGAUUGGAAUUGGAGAAACCCCUGAGAUAUGUGCCUUGGUGCAGUGUGGAUCCUUACCCUUCUCUAGAAACCAAAGAUGGGCAGAUGUCCAAAUUUCCUUUGUAUUUUAAUGGCCCAAAGCCAUUCGAAUGUACUGUCUAUCCUGGAGAGAUUCUUUACUUGCCAAGCAUGUGGUUUCAUCAUGUUAGACAAAGUCCAGAUUGCCAAGGCCGCACCAUUGCCUUAAACUAUUGGUAUGAUAUGCAGUUUGACAUCAAGUAUGCUUACUUCAACUUCUUGCAGUCUAUUCAUCACCCAUCAAUUGAAAAUGGCAAACUGACCAAGUUAGAGAAUGAGGAUUCAGAAUCUGAUGACUUUUCAUGUAGUUGAUGAAAUUAUUUGGCUGCUCACAAUUUUAGCACUUUUUGAGAGUGAAAACUUGCUUUGUGCAACUAUUGCCUGGUAUGAUUUGUUAAAUAAUAUUUCUUCCAUUUCUUUUUUUUUUUUGGUUGUCCUACAUAUAUAAGCUUAGCGAUUCUAUGUAAGAGAUCGUUUCUGUUAAUUUAUAUAAGAAAAUGACAUAACACGUAUUCUGAAAUGGGAACUUCA